AAAAUGCGCCUUUGGCAUGCAAGCCUUCUCUUUCUCCGUGCUCUUGCGGAAACGUUGGCCGCUUGUCCGAGUGGCAGAACCGGGGUCGUGCAGCCUUGGGCGAGCAACUGAGCAGAUAGAUCAUGGCCCCAGCCGGAGGGACUCCAACCGCGAAGAAGGGCAUUCUGGAACGUCUAGACGCUGGGGAAAUUGUCAUUGGUGAUGGAGGAUUUGUCAUUGCCCUUGAAAAGAGGGGCUAUGUGAAGGCUGGUCCUUGGACUCCAGAAGCUGCAGUAGAACAUCCAGAAGCAGUUCGUCAGCUGCAUCGAGAAUUUCUCAGGGCUGGAUCAAAUGUUUUACAGACCUUCACCUUUUAUGCCAGUGAUGACAAAUUGGAGAACAGGGGAAACUAUGUAGCUGCUAAAUUUUCUAGCCAGAAAGUGAAUGAAGCUGCUUGUGACAUUGCAAAGGAAGUGGCUCAAGAAGGAGACGUUCUGGUUGCUGGAGGUGUCAGUCAAACACCUUCAUACUUAAGUGGCAAGAGUGAAGCUGACGUUAAAACCAUCUUUCGAAAGCAGCUGGAGGUUUUUCAGAAAAAGAAUGUGGACUUCAUGAUUGCAGAGUAUUUUGAACAUGUUGAAGAGGCUACAUGGGCUGUUGAAACUUUAAAGGAAUCUGGGAAACCAAUUGCAGCUACUAUGUGCAUUGGUCCAGAAGGAGACAUGCAUGGUGUUCUUCCUGGAGAAUGUGCUGUACGACUUGUAAAAGCUGGAGCUUCUAUUGUUGGGGUCAACUGCCAUUUUGAUCCAGAAACCUGCCUCAAAACCAUGAAAUUGAUGAAGGAGGGUUUGCAAGCUGCUAAACUGAAGGCACAUCUGAUGUCACAGCCGCUGGCAUUCCAUACACCUGAUUGUGGGAAGCAAGGUUUCAUUGAUCUACCAGAAUUUCCUUUUGCUUUGGAGCCAAGAAUCCUCACCAGAUGGGAUGUACACAAAUACGCAAGAGAAGCCUAUAAUUUAGGGAUCCGCUACAUUGGUGGCUGCUGCGGCUUUGAACCCUAUCACAUCAGAGCAAUUGCUGAGGAGCUGGCUCCGGAAAGAGGGUUUUUGCCGCAAGCUUCUGCGAAACAUGGCAGCUGGGGAAAUGGUUUGAGCAUGCACACCAAACCCUGGAUCAGAGCAAGGGCUAGAAAGGAAUACUGGGAAAAUCUGUUGCCUGCUUCAGGCCGACCCUAUUGUCCCUCACUUUCAAAGCCCGAUAGCUGGGGAGUGACCAAAGGAGAUGCUGAGCUGGUACAACAGAAAGAAGCCACAAGCGAAGAUCAGUUAAAAGAGCUGUUCCAGAAACGAAGUCAAAUCCAGCACCGCACCUAGAGUGUUUAGCAAUUUCACACGUGCCUUCUUGUCUCACAAGAAGAUUAUUGGGUCAAAGCCAAUAUGCAUAAUCCAGAGAAAGUUAGUCCUUUCCGCAGUCCAGUUGAAAUCAAGAUAUUAAGUGCUUGAUAACCAGAGUCUCAACCCAUCUACCCAAAAGUAUUUCAUACCAUGUUUAGUAGGACAUUAUUCCUGGUAAAGAGCUUAAUGUUGAAGCCAAGUCUCAUUUAUUUCAGAAGGAAUUAGGGACACCUUAAUAUUCUCUGGAUUGUUUCCAUUCUUUAGAAUGAGACUAGCAGUUGCAAUCACAAGGUGUGUUCAAUUCUUCUAAGCCCAUUUACUUCAGUAGGUUUAGAGAGUUGUAAAUCAGUUUAUGAUUGCACUGUUAGAUUGUUUUCCUAUAAAAGGAGCACUAUUUAGGGAAGGAUAGAAUAUCAGUAUUGCUUUGGGAAAGGCUCUUUUUCUCAGAAUAGCAACUUAAAAAUAACAGUGAAAUAUGACUACAUUGGUGCCAUUUUAAAAUGCACUGAAACAUGAUCAAAUAAGUUGCAAAUCAUUAUUCAAGCAUUUCCGUAAAGCAGAAAUUGCACUUCUGAAAAUGAAUUCCUCGUGGUCCAACGGAACCAAGCAAACAAAACAUUACGAAAAUUCUCUUGUUGUGGCUACAUGCAUCACUAAUAUCUGCUCAGUAUAUGUAGAACUUCAUUAAUAUUCAUGUGUAAGAGAAAUGGCUUGUAUUAACAUCAAUAAAGAUUUACAAAUUAUUGAAAACUCAAAA